UGAGAUAUCAUAUUAAUAAUCGUGGUUUCGAGUGUUUCGACAUUGUUCAUCGGCAAAAAAUAUUAAACUAACCUAUAGCAUAAUAAAUAUCCACAGCGUAUAUAAUAAUUGAUUCAAUAUAAUUGAAUUUUGUUUUGCUGUCUACAGAAGAAAAUCUGUAACAUGUAUUUAAUUUCAUGUUUAAUUAGCGAAACGAUUUAUGAUUAUAGGGCUUGACCUAACGUGAUUGAGGCUCCAACUAUCUCUCCCCAAUAGUUUUUGUAUUUAUAACAAUCAUGCUUGUGUUGUUUGUUGGACGUAAAUGAUUUUUCGACAGAUGUUCUUCAUUGAAGUGAAAGAGAUGCACACUACAAAAUUAACAAUUGCUACAUCCUACUAUUGUUGAGACUACAAAUACGGCAAAAACAAUUCCAACACUUUCCACUCUUUUACCAAAAUGUUUUUCAGGGUAAGACAUCAAAAAAUGGUACAUGUGUACCUACUUGUACUUGUGAUUCUAGGAGUUUUAGUAGUAUUGGGUGCAGUUAUUGCAUAUCAUGCAUUGUUACGUGAACAGAAUUUUCAAAUUCAAGCAGCUGUGGCCAAGUUGGCAAGUGGUGAAAGUAAUUACCAGCAUUUUGAUUCAUCUGCCUCACAGUACCACCAAAACUCUGUUGUGAUUCUAGAAGAACAAAAGCCUCUGGUAAUCUACAAUAGGGUACCUAAGACCGGAUCCACAAGUUUUGUCAAUGUGGCCUAUGAUCUGCAUUCUCGUAAUGCAUUUCGAGUCCUUCAUGUCAACGUUACGGGCAACUCGCAUUUGCUUUCCAUCUAUGAUCAGUUCCGGUUCAUUGAAAAUACUACACGUUGGAUUCGGCCCGCAUUUUAUCAUGGUCAUUUUGCGUACGUUGAUUUUGAGAGAUAUGGGUACAAGAAGCCUUAUUACGUUCAAUUGUUACGCAAACCUUUGGAGAGGUUGGUUUCGUACUAUUAUUUCCUACGGUACGGUGAUGAUUAUAGACCACAUCUAGUGCGUAAAAAGCAUAUGGACUCAUCAACGACAUUUGAUGAGUGCGUUGAGCGAGGUGGAUCAGAUUGUCAAGCAAAUCUUCUGUGGUUACAAAUUCCUUUCCUGUGCGGUCAGUCAGCAGACUGCUGGAUACCAGGAAGUGAGUGGGCAUUACAACAGGCCAAACGUAAUGUUCUUGAAAAAUACACUUUAGUUGGAGUUACCGAACAAAUGGGAGAAUAUCUACAGAUGCUUGAACUUGUAAUUCCUGGUGGAAUGUUUCGCAAUGCUUCAGAACAUUUCAAACACAGCUCUAAGUCACAUCUAAGAAAGACUGCCAAGAAAUAUCCUGUUUCUCGGAAGACCAUACAAAAAUUUCAUGACUCUACAAUUUGGCAAAUGGAAAAUGAACUUUAUGCAUUUGUUGCUAGAGAGUUUGCUUUUUCAUAUGCUAAGCAGUUUCCAAAUGUCUCAUCAGGACUUUCAGGUACUAUGAAAAAACAUUUAAAAAUUAGUGACCUUCCUCCACCUAGUUUCCGAUAUGAAAAAAUAUAUCCAAAACUAUCUCAACAACAGAAAAAGAAAAAAAUCAUUGCCCACGUGUAACACAUUUUAUUUUAUGAGCUUUAAUAAAUGACUAUACACAGUAGUAUCCAUA